UACUGUAUAUAGUGUUACGAUCUGGUGUUGAUCUUCGAUGUUCGUAAUCGUUAUGUGCAAUUCUACAUGUCGAAUCUGGAGUUUCUCGAAUUAUAUCUAAAUCAAUACAGUAGUUGCUGCCACAAGAAAUCGUCGUUAAACUGUUUUGAUUAACUUGAUUUUCGUUCGUUAAUGUUUGAAACAAUGCAAACGGCUGAAUGGAACAGUUUCCAAAACUUGUCGUACUCUUCUGAAGCGCGGGACUAUUUCGAAUAUCCCAAUAUGCCGUGCUCUUGUUAUCUUUAAGACAACUGAGUAGAAUAUAUUCGGAAACUUGUCGUGUCCUUUAAAGCGUGACACUAUUUUUAGAUUGCAAACUGCUGUUGUUGGACCGUUCGCGAAGAGACGCGAUUGCGGAGGAGUCAGGUCAACGGGUGUCGUAAAUUCCUGUUACAAUUAGAUUAUCGACGCCACGAACUGAACGAUUGCCUAUUUCGGUUAGGAUAAUAGAGGUGAUUGAAUUAGUAUAACACUGAAUUAACAGGUUAUAAUAUACACUUUAUUCCAACAACUUGUCUCGCAGAGAGUAUAAAUGUUCGGAGAGACUCGCGUGGUAUGUUAUGAUGUCGAAUUGUAAUGUCGUUUACAAUAAGGUUAAAAGUGUUCGGCUCGAAUAGUUACUAGCAAGACUACGAUGUUAAUAGUAGUAAGUGUGACUUGCAAGUUAUGAGUUACAGUAUCUCGAGAGGUAUAAAUCGCAAGUAAAAUAUGAACCGAGAGAUGUGUUUAGCAAUUUAGGGAUUUAGCGACUAGGCGACUAAUAAAGAGAUUUGACAACUUGGCAACUUGGCGACUAACUUUUGACUGACUAUCGGCUGUCGUGUUAUUACGGAAGGAAAGAACGUUAUGGGUGUGUCUAGAGUACGAAGAAAGCGAAUUCGCUUAUGGCACUUUUCAUUGGGAAAAAUGAGGGUAACGAUCAGCGAUGCCAAUUGAUUAGAAAAAACGUUAGUGGAUGAUAAUAGGUAGAACAACCAAGAAUCAUCAAUAGACCAAAGACACUUAUGAGAUUUCAGAGUUCUCAUUGUUAAGAUACUAAGAUUUAUGGUGACCCCUUAGCUUUAUUGAAGGUCUUGAGGAGUAAGGGUAGAUGGACAUGUGGCGACCAGACAAAAAGGGAUGGCUGCGGUUUAUAUCAUGCGACGUAACAGCUGUAUCCAUGAUGUUUUAAUUCGUUAAUAUAACCGUAUACGUAGCGUAAACUAGCGUAUCAAUACAAUUGAUAAAUAUAAUUUGAAUUUCGGCUUAACCGCCAUGUGUAGGAGUAAUAGCACGGAAAUGAUUGAUGUUUCCUUGGAAUAAAUAAAUACUUUCAAUAUCUUCAUUAUUGACAAUGAUAGUCAAUAAAUAAUUUUACUCGAGUAAAUGUGGUGCAAGACCGAAAUCGAAAAAGAAAGUGUUACAAUGUUUAGCUCCUCACCUUGCUUAUAUGUGUUGUCGAUCGCAGUUUUGGACUAUCGUACGAAGUUAGUCUAGUUGCUAGAUGAUUGACUAUAUUAAUCGUUGACGAUUGAUUUCUGGUUAAAUGCUUGGUUUCAUUCCUUGACGUUACUCAUUUGAAUACGAACUCAUACGAAUUUGAUAUUAACUCUCGACCAAUUCUGUACUCGACUUAACUGACUCUUACUGACUGAAUGACCGAAUCCUUAACAAAUUUUUAGCUGACUGACUACUGUCUCUAAGUGGCUACACUUAUUUAUAUGUCAUUUAUUGGAACUGAAAGUGCGAACAUUCUGAAACAUGGAUACAAUCAAUAAAAAAACGAAUGAAGAUGGGAUCAAUAAACCUUCUACGCCGGUAGUGGGAUUCUUGUGACUGGAGCAACCGAUUUCGUUGGAAAAGGUCUCCUGGAAAACCUGAUCCGCAUGUGUCACUGUCAUUUUUAUACUACUUCGUCCAAAAACGGACGAAACGAUAGAACAACGAUUUAAGAAGCUGAUAGAUGAUCACGUUCUUGUCUCUUUCAAUAUUUAAAUACACGAUGAAAUCAAGGCAAAACACCCCUCAGCUUUGAGCAGAGUUUAUUCCAUGAAAGGUGACAUUAGUCUGCCAGAUUUAGGUCUUUCGCAAGAAGAUAGAAAUCUGUUGUUAGACAAAGUAAACAUAGUGUUUCACGCCGCGGCCACUGUGAGAUUCAAUGAGCCGUUACACGUGGCUGUUAAUGUGAAUACGAAGAGUACUCUUCGUGUCAUCGAGCUUUGGAACGAACUAAAGCAUCCGAUUAGCUUUGUUCCCGUCAGCACAGCCUUUAGUAAUGCGAAUCUACAUGAGAUUGAGGAAAAAUUUUAUGCCACGAGCUUGAAACCUUCAGAGGUGAUCGAUAUGUGUGACAAAUUCGACGAAACGUCGAUCAACCAAAUAGAAAAAAAGAUUUUAAAAACUUAUCCAAACACAUACACGUUCAGUAAGAAUUUAGCAGAGCAAAUUGUAGCAAGCAAGUGCAAAGAUCUGCCAGUUGCGAUAGUACGGCCAAGCGUAAUUGGUGCCUCUUUGGAAGAACCAUGUCCUGGUUGGAUACAGAAUAUUUCUGCAGUUACAGGUACCUUUCUGCUAAUCGGCAAAGGAUUUGCAACAGCUGUACGCGGUAGGAGAGAUACAAACUUGGAUGUGGUGCCUGUCGAUUUCGUAGUCGACAUGAUAAUAUGUACUGCAUGGCAUGUCACGCUGCAUCGUGAUCAUGAAGUUAAAGUAUACAACUGCACGAGUAACGCAUACCCUUUUAAGUUUGGUCCGAUGGCAGAUGCUAUGGUAAAAUGUAGCAUACUGAAUGAUACGCUGUGGUACCCAGGUUGUUCAUCCGUAGCUAAUAGAUAUAUUUACAACGUUCUGAGUGUAAUUCCGCUUGUUUUACCUGCGUUCGUCAUAGAUAUAUUUUUAAGACUCCGAGGUAGUAAACCAAUAACUUCUCAGAAAUAGCAAUAAGCUGUUCUCAUCAUUUUUCAUUUUUCACCACACACGAGUGGACUUUCCAAAGGGAUAACUGUUCCGACUUGGCGAGGAAGGUGAAAAUGUUACAGGACCAUUUGCGAUAUGAUCAAACUAGAUUUCCGGGAUAUGGAUUGGGAGAAUUAUGGUGUAAUUUACCAGAUGGGAAUUAAGAAAUUUAUUCUGAAAGAAGAGUUUAAGUCAACAGCCCGACAACGAUUAUCAAGGUUGUACUGGAUAUAUUAGAUCAUCAAAAUAUCCGGAAUAAUAAUUUUGCUAUGGAUAAUGUUAUAAUUAGUGUACUGACUAUUUGAAUGCUACUUUUUUCUCUUUGAACCAAGAACAAUGUAAAUAGAAUUUUAUAAAGAAGGGAUUCAUCAUUGCUUUCA